GUUCAAUGUGGAAAUCUCUUGCUCGAUACAAGAUUUGGUGUGUGGUACUCCAUUGGCAUUGAGUGAUAUUCCCUUGGAGUUAAAAAGUUUCAAAAUAAGGAUGAUGAACGCUAUAAGGAAUAUUCUCGGCAUUCCCAUUGCUUCACCUGAUCUGGUCCCCACAACCGCUCUACACAAUCCUACAUCUACUGAUGUGGAGCGUACGAUUGGGGAUUCAGUGAGAGUUCAUACAGUUGAUGCUGAUGGUGUUUCUGUUGAUGGUAUUGUUAAUGCCUUUCCAUCAGAUCUUGUCGUUGUUGAUACGCACGUAGAUGCACCGGGUAAAGGAGAAGUUGCAAAGGAUCCAACAUUGAGCAAUGUCAUCAUCGCAUGUAGCCUUGUGCCUUCAUCCAAAACAGCCCAAGUAGCAGAUGUGAAUUAUAGGCUUAAUGAAGAUCUAUCAUCAAGUGGGCAUAAUCUUUGGGUCAACUUUUUCUCUCCAGUCUUGAAGCAUGAGUGGGAGCCUCCACCUUGAGGACAAGGUGGUUUUCUAAGGGGGUGAGAGUGUUAUGG